GCGCUGCGUAGCAGCACCGCCGGCCUACUGGAGCCCAACGUGCGCUUCUGGAUCACGGAACGCCAAUCUUUUAUUCAGACAGUUCUUCAGUGGACAGAGUUAUUGGAUCCUACAAAUUUGGUCAUUUCAGUUGGAAAAAUAGAGAAAUCGAGGCAACUAUUGCUAACAAAUGAAGAUGCAUCUAUUCAUGACUUGGGGGACCAUGAAGCUUGGAAGAGAAGUCUGUCAACAGUGCAUCCUGACAACAGCAAACUGAUCCCUGUUCCUUUCCGACGUGCAGCUCUCCUGCCUUUCACUAGGCCCAUGGUAUUUUUGUCCCUGGUGCCGGGGAAAAGCCUGAAGUCCAUGAUUUUACCUCUGCUGUCUUUCUGGAGCUACAGCACAGCAUUCAACGUCAUCAACGGAAACGCGAGGUACAAUCGUCACCCAUAUGAGAGUGCAUUACUAGGGGUAGGAACAGUUUCUUCUACAACCUGUUUUGCAUUAUUCCCUCAUUUACUCCUCAUAAAGUAUGAGCUGAAAAACAUUUUGCUGAGAAGAACCUUGCCUGUCGUCAUUCUCGCCCACGUCAGUGCACUGAAUGUUGUUGUGUCUCGAAGUUUGGAGACCAUGUGAGGGAUUGAGGUCAUGGACAAGGAAGGCAAGGUCAUAGGUUAUUUCAGAAAAGCCGGGGCAAAGGCCGUUAGGGAUACAGCCACAUCUGGAGCCAUGCUGUUUGGUACCUCAGCUUUGAUUCCUAAGUCGUCUCACAUUUUUUAUAAAUGGACCCAGUUAUUCGGGCAGCAUCCGCUGUCCUUGUGGACCUUGAAGCUGUCUUGUACCGUCUUGGUCAUGGGGCUGAUGGUGCCUGUUUCUUUUAGCGUGUUCCCCAAUAUCACACAGAUACAGUGUAGCAAACUGGAAGAGGAAAUCCAGUUUGCAACAGAAGACACAGAACUCUUCUACAACAGAGGGUGUAGGUGUGAGUUUUAGGUGUCUAUUUGGUUCCUGCUAGAAAACCUUCCUCUCAAGGUCUCAGUUUCGAGGACGCUGCCAGAGGUCGCCUGGAACCCCCUGAGGUGUCUGCACAGAUGGAUGGCUUACAGGCACAUGUGCCCAGACCUUGUCAAGGCUUGUUGGGCCUGCGGUUUUGAAGCCUGGAUGGAGGAAGAGAAAUGGCAGGCUGUCCUGUCGGGCCUGCCCCCAUGGGACUGCCGAGGGGGUGGGUGAUGUUCAGGUUCAGUUUUCGAUCUGUCAGCCCAUGAAAUGACACUGAAAUUACUAAUAAACUCAUCUCA